GACGGAGGUGGUGGUUGUGCGGUGUUCGGUGUUAUUUCCUCGAUCUAUCGCGCAUCGUGAAAACAUUCGGCUCGCAACUAGAGCUCUCCCGUUCGGUUAUAUCUCUUUCUCGGGGCUCGUGUUCCUCCACCGCUGGUUCACUUGCUCGGCGGCGAGAGGGAGAGGAAUAGAGAUAGCAGAGAGAGUGAGUGGGAGACAGAAAAGAGACUGGGUUAGAGGGAGAGAGAGGCUCCCUUCGGACCACCAGGAGAGAAGUGUAAUAUUGAACGCCCGAGCGCGGAGAGGACGGUGGGUCGUGUGUGGUGCGUGGUUGUUCGCGGGCGGUGCGGUUGUAAGAUACACAGCCAGAAAGAAAGAAAGGGAAAGAAAAAGAGAGGAGAAAGACGGAACGAAGGAGAGAGAGAGAGAGAGAGAAGAAAACCGUGAGAUCUUCGCGUCGACGACACACGCACGCACGCUUUAAAUUCAUCAUCAAAGCUCUCUCUCCCUCAUACUAAACCCUGUCCACAGUUUUUGCUUCGUUCACCUUCAUCCUGCCUGAAAAUCGUCGACGAACAACCAAACACGUAGAACUCUGGAUUACUAGAUAAAUAAAAAAUCAUCGUGCAUCCGUGUGUAUGUGUCGAGUGAUUGCGUUUACGCGUGUGAGUCGAAUCGUAAGCGUAUGAUAGAGGGAGAGAGAGAGAGACGAAGUAAUUCCGACUGAUACCGAGCUUCGUCCUCCUUAUUCCGUCAUUUCUCUUUUUUUUCCUCUCUCUCUCUCUUUGUUUUUUGUCCUCUCUUGAAAACGCUAUUAAAUAAAAAAGAAACGCGAGAAUAUCGAAAAGUGGCGUGUGUGUCUCUGUGUGUGAUAUUUGACGGAGGGUGGACAAGAGUCGAACCUCGAGCCAAGCUGGCCCGUUUCAACGCGAGUUGAAGUGAACUCUCGAGGCCGCGAACGUAGUGAAUUCUCGGGAUUAUCCCCAGGCUAAAACAGGGAACCCGAACGAUUGCGACACGUUUGACGUCACUAGUGAUAAUAAUUAGGAGGAAAAGGAGAAAAAAUAUUCAGUUUUCGAUGACGCGGAAGUGUCAAAAAUUCGCGAGUGAUUAAACUUGUGAACAUUUCUUGUGUUCUUUUUCUUUUUCUUUUUUCGUCCUCUGUUCGUCUCUCUUCUUCGGAGAAAAACACGCCGCGUACGGCAUUUCCCGUUACUCCAAGUGCCACUUCGACUUGCAACCUCUUUCUCUCUCUCGCUACGACACCCGAAAUAUUAUUACGCCCUCCAACUCAUUUCUAUUAUCGCUUCGAUACGAUAAAGGUCAAAAUAAAGAUUUUGAAGUGCCGGAAAGAAGGAAUAACACACAGGGGAACGGGACACUAAAUAUAUAUAUCUACUGAGCGCCACCGCUGCCGCGCAACCUCGGGGCCCCUAUACACUUCUUAAAUGCCUUUGAGACACUCUUACUACUCCAUGUUGUGCAUCGGUUGUUGCAACACGAUUGCGUGCUCGAAAGUGAAUCUGUGGUGACGGCUGGUUGCAGAGGAGCAAUUGGUAAGAGCGCUGCAACUGCAGCGUAAAGAAUUGGAUCCACUGAUCCUUCGAACGGAGCGGUCUGCAAUUUUGAACUGUUUGGACGGAGCAGUACAUAAGAAAAGAGAAAGCAACCACAUAGGAUAAUAUUAUAGAGCAUAUAAUAAUUAAUCCAUUCGAAGAGAAAGGAAAGUGUGACAAAGUCCUGCGGCUUCGAGAAACUAAGCGAAGAAGCUAAGAUUCAGGAACGAAGAUUAGUUUAAAAAAAAUCAUAAAAAUGGAACGCGAGUCCAAUCCCAUGCAAGCUCUGUGCCGGAGUGGUUGUGGGUUUUAUGGAUCACCAGCCACCGAUGGACUCUGCUCCCUCUGCUACAAAGAAAACCUCAAGAAGAAACAACAACCCCCCGUCUCCGCAGCAAGUGUAGCUUCCAGCCAAACCGUUGCCGGUAACGCUGCCACGUUGCAAAAUACCGCAUUCAGCAGUCCUGCAUCAACCGGCACAACUGCACAGCCUACCAUUCCCACCAUCCCUCAACCAACGACAGAUUUACCCAGUCCCAAAGAGGUGAGCAGGGACGAUCAGGAGGGUGAAGUUGGAGUGAGCGGAGGAGCAGCCGAGGGUUCAGUGAGCAGUGGGGAUGCCGACGACUGCUUUGAUGGUAAAGAGACUGAUAAGGAAUCCAAAAAGAAGAAAAAUCGCUGUGCCGUUUGUCGCAAGAAAGUCGGAUUAACAGGUUUCGAAUGCCGUUGCGGAGGAUUGUUUUGCUCGAUGCACCGAUACAGUGACAAGCAUGACUGCAAGUUCGAUUACAGAGAAAUGGGCGCCCAGGAGAUCCGGCGCAACAAUCCAGUUGUUGUUGGUGAAAAAGUGCAAAAAAUUUGAACUAUUUAGUGUGUAGUCGUUGGGAAAAUGGUUAUAUAACUAUAUAAACAAAAACAAAAUAUUACGAAAACAAAAAAAGUUAAAAAGUAAGGAAGAACGAAUGGGAGAGCGAGAGAGUGAGAUAGAAUGUGAAAGAACGCGUAAGAAACACAAUAGAAUGAAAAAGAAAGGAAACGGAAAAGGCUGGAGAGAGGGAAGAAGAAAGGAUGUCGAAAAUAAGCCAUAAAACGGAAUAAACAAUAAUAAUAAUUGAAAGAAACACGGAGAGAAACAUACGUGAGAAAUUAUCUGGCAGCUGAUUGCACAUCAAGGAAUAAGGAAUAAAUUUUUAAAAAUAAUUCAAAUCUAAAUAGGCAAGGAACAAAAGCAAAAACAAUUUUCGAUGAAUAAACUAAAUGAGAAAUUCGUUUGAAGGAACGACAUAAAGAAAUGCGUGGAAGUAUAUCUAAAUAAAUAAAUAAAUAUAUAUAUAUAUAUCUAUAUAUUUAUGUAUGUAUAUAUAUAUAUUAAAAAUGAAUAUAUAUAUACAUAUAUAUACGUAUAUGCGAGUGAAAGAUGGUGUGAUUGUGAAAAUGCGUUGUGGGCCGGGUGAGAAUGUUAAAACGUGCGUGUGUAGUGAUGGAAAAUGAUUAAAAAAAUAACAUAUGAAAUAAGAGAUGUUGAGGGAAAGCAAACUGGUAAACGUUUGGAUUUUUUCACGGAGCCUGAAGGGUGUGCGCAAAUAACGGAAGCGGGAGGGAGGGAAGGCGUUCAAGCGAGAGGGAGCGAGCAAGAACGAAUAUUUUGCCAAGUUUUUUCUUCUUUUUCGUUGUUGUUUUUCAUUUUUCCUCUUUUUGUGUGUAUUUCCACGAAGACCUGAAGUGCGAAUACGACCUCGAGUAAUAUUCUCGUUCGUAAGCUAGGUGCGAAGGUUCGAGCCGAUUUCGAGUUACACAUUUCGUUUCGUUUAUUCUUCUCUACUUCUUCGGUUCCUGGAUGCCAGUGCCAUGUCGUAUUGUCGAUCGAAAUCUGUUUUAUAAACGCGUGUGCGACCGAGUUUUUUCAAUAGAUCGGCCGAAGGAACGUCAAAGCAAAUGAGAAGAGAGUAAGAAAUGAAGAACCAAACUGAAAAAUCAUACGCCAGAAAAUGCUUCACGAGCGAACAAUAAAUAGGAAAAAAUUAUAUGCCCACACACACAUAUAUAUGUAAAUGUAUUGAUAAAUAUGAAUAUAUACACAUGUAUAUGUUUGUGUGCGCGUGUGUGUGUGCGAGAGGUGGUGUUAAGAGAGAAAAACGAGGAAAAAUGUAAUAUCUGGUUUACUAAUUGCUGCCAGCUUACUACUACUAUUACAUAUUAUUAUUAUUCUUGUCUUUAUUGAUUAUUACGUUUAUUAUUAUUAUUAUUAUUAUUAUUAUUAUUAUUAUUAUUAUUACAUUAUCUAUUAUAUAUAACGUUUAUUAGUUUACUUAAACGCAAAAGAAACAAAAAAAAACAAGAAUUCGCUGGUGUGAAAUCAACUGGUAAACGAGAAACGAGCUAGACAAAAUAUCGUACGAGUGUGAAGGCUGGUGGGAGGAGAAAAAAAAGAAGAAAUGAAAAUUUUAUUUCUGCGUGUUGGAGAAGAAUCGAUGAAACAAAAUGAGAGGGGUUUUGAAGAGAAAGAGAAAAAAGCGAGAGAGAGAGAGAGAGCCACACGUAUCUAUUACAUUUAAGUAGACGCGAAAUUCCUGGUGCAGUCAGUCAGUCAGUCAAGUCCGCGUGCGUGGACGCUCGCGUGUCAAUUGAUCGCGCGCGUCAAACGCCCGAUUUUUAAUAAUUAUACGUAGAUAUGAAUAAUGGAAAACGGAUAAUGAGAAGAUCGUAUGAGUACAUGAAAACAAACAAAAAAUGAAAAUAAAUAAUAAAAACGAAGCGGGAAAAAUAAAAAAAUAAAUAAUCGAAUCGAGGAAAGGUAACGAACGAUAUCUUCGUCGCGAAAGAAAGAAAAACACGUCGAACGUGAAUCCGGAAACCGAUGUAACCGUCAAGCAAAAGCUUCUACGAGUGCAUCCUACCACGAAAAAGCAACAAAAAAUAUUGAAUAUAAAAACAACGAGAGCUGGAAAAAUUAUUUAGAAAAAAAAAUGGAACGAUAGGUCAAUACGAUCGAACGCGUUAAACGACCUUUUUUUUUCUUCUCCGUUUGUUUUUUUGUUUUUAUUUCUUUUUUUUCUCUCUCUCCUUUCGUUUCGUUAUAAGUACAUAUUGAUGUGUCUAUCGAACAAGCAAAGGAGAAAGAGAAUUUAGGAUGGACACAUUAUAGAUUGUUUAUCAAAAAUACCCUCGAAACACGACGGACAGACAAACAGACACAUACGAGCGGCCGAAGGUGGAAAUCAUUGAAAUUCAUUAGAAAAAUUAAAAAAAAAAAAAAAAUACAGAAAAAUAAUUCAUGAAGAAAUAACAAACAAAUAAAAAAAAACAGAAAACACGAUGAGUGCGUUGUUCAAGCGUUGAUGACUGACAUUGAUGGGUGAUCACAAUUCUAGGUUUAACAUUGCGAACGUAGUAGUCUAAUAAUUAUUAAGUAUAUUAGCCGAUUUGAUUCAUAAAUAAUGCAAUGGAAGUAUAAAUGCAAAAAAAACGAAAAAAACGAAAAAAAAACCAAACAAACUUAGUACUGUGUGUUUAUGUCCAAUCUCACGAGGUGUAACGUUUAUUAUUAAUUUUAUUAUUAUUAUUAUUGUUGCUAUUAUUACGAUUAUGCUGGAAAGAAUGGCAGAUGACUAACCUGAAAAAGAUACUAAGCGACGAAAAACUACGGUAUCGAAGGAUCGAUGUGAAAAAGUUCAUUCAUUAGCUUAUUAUUUAAUCGUAAUGUUUUUUUUUUUUUUUUUUUUUCAAUCUUGUACAUUCUGUUUAUUCUUGUUCAUCUUUUCUUGUUUUUGUUAAAUUUAAGAGGAAGUUUAAUGCGUUUUCUUAGUCGGAGCUUAAUCGAGCUUUCUUCGCUUGGCUGUAAUCUUAAAGGCUUGGCGCGAAAGACUCAACUUCAUUUUAGAGUCAGUAUGGAAGGUUUUAAAUUUUUGGGGGGGAAAAAACGCAGUUUAGCCAACUUCCUCUUCGUUCUUUGUUCUCUCUUCGGUUAACUUGUGAUUUUUCGCGGAAAUCUACGAUUUAUAUUGGGUAUAUAUAUUUACAUAUAUAUAUUUAUGCGUACGCGUGUAUAUAUAUUAUAAAUGUUUAGUUCAAUUGAUGGAUUUGUCGCCGGGAUUCUCACCGGAUGUGAAAAGUUCGGAGAACUCGAAAAAUGGAUGAGGCGAUUUUGAACUGUUUUGUUUUUUCUUCGGAGGAUUGACGGAUACCGGCUCUACUCUCCCAGUUGGUUCGCAUAAACUUCGUGAUAUAUAUAUUAACACGUAUAUUUAUAUAUCAACUAUUGUAAAGCCAACUGUGAGAAAUGAUGGAAACGAAAGGAGAUAAAAGGUCGAAUGUAUCUGUGCUGGUGUGAAAAUUAGCGAGAUGCGAGGUGUUUGGAGACUCGAAAAAAAUCGGCUGACUCUCAAUUCUUAUUCGUAUUUCUUAGGAGAAUUUUUUUGUGUGGUUGGUUGAAUUGAAUGAUUAUUGAAAAUGAAAAUAUCGUCGUGGAUGACAGACGCCACCUGAUUGUUCAAUCCGUUUAACGAGUUUCGUCCUUCUGUUUCUUUUGUGUUGUUUUGUUUUCUGAUGUUGAAGAAUGAAAAAUUGCGGCUCCGGUCCCGAUUCGUUUCGCAAAGAAAAAAUCACUGUGUGGAAAAACAAAAUGGACUCGGGUGUGAAAGGAACACGGCGCAGCUGGAAGCGCGCUGACAACUUUUUUCUUCGAUAAUUAUACGCUGCUUGUCGCUCGAUCGCAAAACAAAAAACAAAGAAACGAAGAAUUCUAAAGUGACCGCUUUGUACUACCUACUAGAACGAAUACCUACUACGUACGAAUAUGACUGACAAGCCGAAAUAAUAAGGUCAACAAUAACUCCACUAAUUUCGGGCUUUUUCGUUGUUUUAUUAUUAUCUCGUUCAUUCAUUUCUUUAUGACAUUCGGCUGACUUUCGAACUCGCGACCACUAACAAUGUAUUUUUAAAUGUCGAGGAUCGUUGAUACAAAUUUUUUCUCUUUAAAAUUGCGUCCGACUUGAAAAGUCCGCUAACGGACUCGAUGAAAUCCCAAUUUUUCCGCGACUCAAAUUUAAUGCCUUAAACGAAUGAAACGUAAAUUUGCGAACAUAACCUGAGCACUAUGUCUUCCGCUGACAAAGAGCUUUCGGAACUUAUUACACAUAUGUAAAUACAUCAUGCUUUCACCUAAUUCUUGCUCGUCGGUUUAAGAAUCAUUACUACUUUUUUCCACUUUCGCGGGCAGUCGAAUUAUUCGCGAGUGAAUAUGUGUAUCUCGUACUUUUAUUUUUCUGUUAUCGAUAUUAUACUUAUUAUCGUUAUUGAACGAAGGAAAUGAAAUGGAGUUUGAAAAUGCUUCACUAUCGGGCUCAAUUAGCUCGCACUUUCUCAAACGUUACUUCGACAUUGUAAAACGUGUGUGGGAUUCGCCUUGGUCGGGAGGGCGUAUCCGAACGUGCUCUUGAGCUUGCGAAUUCUAACCUUGAAACUUAUUGUUACGAAGCUUCGAAGAAAAUCUGGCGUUUCUACAGAAAAAGGCUUUCGGACAACGAAAACGUUCCACCGGAAACUACAAUUACGAGCAAUAAUUUUCAACUAGUUUAUUCGAUACGCUUUUCGAAUAUUGCCUUCACAAUUAGUUUCUUUCCGAUAUUGUUGUUUUUCUUUCGUUCCCGCGCGCGGAGCAUCCUGCUCGAAGUGAAACAAAUAGAGGACAGAGAUGCGUCGAUGAUUGAACGAAACGAUGGACACUGACGGAAAUGAAUACGCGAGUCGGAAAAUAAAGAUGCUCAUGAGAUUUAUAGAUGGAAAAAUAUUGAGAAUCGAGUAACUGAAAAAAGCGUAAUAGUGGUAGGGGGAACGCACACCAAACUAAUUUGGUAAAAUAAUAUCGACGAGAAAGGUUGCCUUCAGGCCUUCACAUCCUAUUUUAGGCAUAGAAUAUUUUUCUAACAUAUUAUCGCAAUAUCGGAGGAUUCUUGUUUAGCGAGAAAAACAAAAACCGAGGAAAGGAACGAAGGAGAGAGAGAGAGAAAGAGAAGAAAAAUCGGCGAUUGAUCGAUGGAGGGGCGCGCGAAGCGAGAGAGUGAAUGAAGGAAAGAGUGCAAAACGCGUGAAAGAAUAGCGAUUAAGGAGGAAAAAGGGGGAGAAUUAAAUACAUAUAUUACUAUAUAUAUUGAAGUGAGUGCUUGUUUUAUCGUGAGAAUGAAAAGAAAUAGCGGAUUGAAAGCGAAUUAAAAGAUGACAAAGAGAACAAAGAAGAAAGAAAGAAAAAUAAAUAAAAAGAUAUAAGAGGAAAGGAUAAAUGCACAUUUUUCGAGGCAAAUAAGAAAGAAGGAGAGAAAACUUAUUAAAUGAAUAAACUAAUUGAGAAUUUAUCAGCGGCGACGUUUGUAUACAACAACAACAAACAAUACACAUACACACUCGGCUGACUCUACGCAAGGACGUAACGAAUGCUUGUAAUUAUUAAAAUUGAUAUUAGUAAGUUUAAGCGAUUAAAAAGUAACAUCAACUUUAA